AUGCCUACACAUGGAGAACGCAACAUGGAGCAAGGCCAAGAAGCCUACUCCGCUCAUUUCAACCAAGGACACCUCCAACUUCCUCCUACGCAAAGAUACACGAUUGUAACCUGCAUGGACGCCCGCAUCGACCCCACAGCCGCCUUCGGCAUCCCCCUCGGCGCCGCUCACGUAAUCCGCAACGCCGGCGCCUCCGUAAAAGACGCCUUCCGCAGCAUCGUCAUCUCGCAACAACUCCUGGGAACCCGCGAAGUCAUGAUAGUAAAGCACACAUGCUGCGGCAUGAUGACCUUUGACAACGAAACCGCGCGUGCCGUGGUGCUGAAGAAGCGAGGCGAGAUUGCGGCGCAGGAAGUUGAAAAGAUGGAUUUCCAGAGUUUCAGGGAUUUGGAGAUUCAGCUUAAGAAGGAUGUACAGUGGUUGAGAAUCAAGGCUAUUGAGGAGAACAUUCGGUUUAGCGGGUGGAUAUACGAGGUUGAGACUGGGCGGACUAAGAGGGUUUUGUAG